AUGUUUCUUUCCCGCCCUUUCAGCCAUGCCGCCUUCAGGCGCCCACGGUUCACACAGCCUUACAGCAUGCAGACCAUGAAGGCCGUUGUCAUAGAUGGCGAUAGAGCCCGUCUGGACCCCGUCCGCCAGGUACCUAGACUUGCUGAUGACGGCCUGCUCGUUCGGCCGGUAGCCGUAGCGCUGAAUCCCACGGACUGGAGACAUAUUCGUGGUAGGAGAGCCAAAGACGGGUGCAUCGUGGGCUGCGACUACGCGGGCAUCGUUGAGGCUGUCGGCUCCGGCGUGACGAAGAAAUGGAAGCUAGGGGACAGGGUCUUUGGCUGUGCUCAUGGAGCCAAUCUGGUGAACCCGGACGAUGGCGUCUUUGCGGAGGUAGCUUCUGUCAUUGGCGAUUUGCAGAUGCGUAUGCCGGAUUCCAUCAGCUUUGAACAGGCUGCGACUCUAGGUUUGGGUACUGGCACUGUUGGCCAGGGUCUGUUCCAGAAAGGUCUGAAGCUGGAGUGGCCCAACUUGGGAUCAGCUGGCACUGCCAAACGUGAUGAGCCUGUUUUGAUCUAUGGCGGUGGCACUGCAACGGGGACAUUGGGGAUUCAAUUUGCGAAGGCGGCCGGCUACACUGUCGUCACUGUCUGUGCAGCUUCGCAGAUCGACCAUGCCAGAACUCUGGGUGCAGACUUCGCCGUCGACUACAAGGACCUCAAUGCCGGGACCAAGAUUCGUGAAUACACUGACAACAAGCUUCGGUUCGCGUGGGAUACUAUUAGUAUCGAAGACUCGGCUCGAAUUUGUGCCGAGGCCCUCACCAGCUCGCCGUCUGGCAGGACUGUGUAUGCCACUCUGCUACCAGUCAAGAGCCCUAGGAAGGAUGUCGAGUCUAUCGCGACCGUGUUCCACACCACUUUCGGCCGGGAUUUUCAAUUUGGGUCUCAAUUCAUGCCCGCCAGUAAGUAUGACUACGAAUUUGGAAAGUCUUUCUACAACCUUGUGGAACAAAUGGUGGCAUUGGGUCGCCUCCAUCCACAUCCAACACAUAUUGGGAAGGAUGGACUGAAGGGUGUCAUCCAAGGCUUGGCAGACUUAGAAGCAGGCAAGGUUUCUGGAGAGAAGCUUGUGUACAAGGUGGCAGACACACCUGAAUAUGGAGCCUCUUCUCAGUAG